AUGUCUUUGGGAAAUGUUGGUGGGGAUACUCCUCACAGUUUUCUCCCUCCAACCCAACAAUCAGCAAAGAGAUCAAGUUAUGAAACUUGGACCACCGAAGACAACAUACUUUUACUAACUGGUUAUUUUCACGUUAGUAAUGAUAGUGAGUUGGGGAACAACCAAAAGGGUGAAACUUUCUGGGGUAAAAUUACACAGUACGUGAAUGAGAACGCCAAAAGUGGAAAGGAGAGGAUUGUGUCUCGGUGCCAUAGUCAUUUCAAAGACAUCAACAGAAACAUAUCCAGUUUCAUUGGCUGCUACAGUACUGCAUGUAGGGAGAAGCGUAGUGGAGGAAAUGCAUCCGGUAGUAGUGGCUCUAAAAGAAAGAGUAGUGGUGAGGAUGUUGAAUCAUCAACUCCUACCCUUGUACGUCCAGAGGGUAGGGACGUGGCAAAGAAGAAAGCUAGAGGUUCCUCUAGUAAAACAUCUGUGUCAAGGAAAUCAAAGGGGGCAAUUGAGGAGGAAUUAUCUAAGCUAGUCAGUGCUCAUGAAAAAUUUGAAGAGAAAAGAUCAAGUACUGCUUCAGCUAUGAAUAACCUGGCUCAUUCCAAUAAUAUGGAGAUGUAUCGAAUGAAAAGGCCUCUCUUUCUACGAAUUGUGGACUCUAUAUCAAAUUACGACGAUUACUUCACACAACGGCGCAAUAAUGCGGGCAAGCUUGGGUUAACGCCUAUCCAGAAGUGUACGGCUGCCAUACGCAUGCUCGCAUAUGGAGUCGCAGCCGAUGCUUGUGAUGAGUACGUCAAGAUAGGAGAAUCCACUGCUAUCGAGUGUACUCGCAAGUUUUGCGAAGGGGUAAUAGCAUUGUUUCAAGAUGAAUACUUACGACGACCAAAUGUGGAAGACUUGCAGAGGUUGCUCCAAGUUGGACAGGAACGUGGAUUCCCAGGGAUGAUUGGAAGUAUUGAUUGCAUGCACUGGCAGUGGAAAAAUUGUCCUAAGGCUUGGCAAGGGCAGUUUACUAGUGGACACAAGGGGACGGCAACAGUUAUCCUCGAGGCAGUUGCGUCAUAUGAUUUGUGGAUAUGGCAUGCUUUUUUAGGGCUUCCUGAUAGUUUGAAUAACAUAAAUGUACUAGAUAGGUCACCGGUUUUUGACGACAUUGAGUCGGGUGAAGCUCCACGGGUAAACUUCACCGUGAAUGGGCGGGAGUACAAUCUUGCAUACUAUCUUGCCGACGGAAUCUACCCUAAGUGA